GAGAGAAGAGAAAAUCAUAGAAUUUUUGGCUUUUCACAACAACUGAUGGAGAGUAGGCGAAUAUCCGCCAUAGAACUUCCGCCAAAAGAUGAAAAGUGAAUAAGAAAAGCGGCCAAAAAGGAAAUGUCAGGAAUUAUUUACAUACAUGUGUGGCGUGAGUGAGUGUAUGUGUGAGAGUGUAUAAAUUGAAAAAGAAGCAAAGCAGCAUAUUGAUGGGAGGAUGUCAAUGAAAAUGAAAACACAACAACAUCAGAAAGGAAAAUAUCUACAGAUUCAUUUCGCAUAGAAAGAGCGAACAGAGUGAAAAUACUGUGGCCCAGCCAAACAUAAAAGUAGACAGACAGACAUAAAUUUUAAAGGAUACAAACAGUCGAGUGAAGGAUACUACAGAGGCGAGAGGCAAAGAAAAAAUUAUAGUGUUAAAUUUCUUUUAGAAAAGUUAUAGAAAAAAUAAUUUCUUGUCGCAAAAAGAUAGAAAUUAGUUGGAAAAGUGAGAAAAAGUAAAUCAAAACAACCAAAAUAUAGAAAAGAAAAAACUUCCAUCCCAAGGAAGCUUAAGAAGAGUGUUAUAAAGAAAACUAACGAAACCAAGCAUCAAGCUGGAAAAAUCGGACAAAAUGCGUAGUCGCACCGAAAUGGUAACCACCACUUUCGUAGAUUCCGAAGAGGACUACAGCGAUGAUGAUGACUCAGAGGAGGAUUGGCGGCCAUCGGCCUCCAAUAAAAAUGGCAAAAAACAAAAACACCACCGAUCGUCAGGAGGCACUGCGAAGAAGGGCCGAAAGCGCAAAGGUGGACCUUCGGCUGGAGGAAAUUCGAAAAAUGCUAACAAACGUAAAUCUGCCGCCUAUGCUGAUAGCGAUGAAGACGAUGAGGAUGACGAGGAUAACAGCGAAGAAGACUAUGAAUAUGAAGAGUUUGAGACAGCAACGGCUUCAACUGCCAAGAAGGCCCCCGCCAGUCUGCCACCCAAGAAACAAUUCUCCGAAAAGAACAACUCCUCCGGCAAUGGAAGGGGUAGCAGUCACGAGGAGAGCCUAAAGUUAUUGGUCUAUGUAAAAGAUUUGGCAGGGGAUUAUGGAAAGAACAAUCGGUUGUGUUUAUGGCGUAAGGAUAAUAAUAACCUGUUGCAGAAAUAUAUACGCGUUAAGACCUCGCCGGAAGAAUUUCUAUUCACCUCUAGUUCAGUGUACUCCAGCAUGGAUGAUAAACGCAUUAGCGAUUUCUAUGAUAUCAAGGUCAAGUCCUUGGACUCCAGCAAUCGUCGCGUCAAAAUAGCAAAUACUUCCGAGUUGAAGAAAAUCGUUGCUGAGGCUGCCAAAAAGAAACGUUCCACACCCUCGGAAAGUGAUCUGCAAGCCGAUGAACUCAGCGAUGAUAUCAGCGAAUCGGAAUUGGAAAAAGCCGAGUUUGCUGCCAGUGAAAAUAAGGAAAAUGUCAAGAAAAAGAAUUUGAAAAUGAAGUUACUGCAAAAGCGAAAGCAGCCGGAGGAGGAGGAUGAUGAUGAUGACGAUGAGGAGGAGGUAGAUGAAGAAAACGAUGAGGAGGAGGAUGAAGGCGAUUUGGAGGGUGAUGAUGAUGAUGACGAAGAAGACAUAGAGGAGGAUGAUGAAGGUGAUGAUGAUUAAGUUAAGUAAAGAGGACCGUCUAGUAACGCCUCAUCGUAUGAUAGUUCUAAGCAUUGCAAAGGCAAAACACAGAAUCAUUAUCUUACACAAGAGCUAAGCAAAAACAUAUAAAAAAAGAGUGACCAAAUCAAAAAAUAAAAACUUAAAUUCAACGAAAAACUUUUUUUUUGAAGAUUUUUAGGCUCUAAAGGACAUUAGGAAAUAGAAAUAUUUGAAUUUUUGGUCUUUUUUAAGAAGAAAUAUUUAGAUUAAUUUUUCUUCAAUUCAAUA